AUGCGAGAUAAUUCCGGUUCUACGUUUUCUAUGAGGAUCACCAGUGUCGUUCUCUCUGACAGCCACCCCAGCUCUGUUGCUAGUGUUAGUCCAUCUUGCAGUGGUGUAAAGCAUAUGAAGGCAGAGAAUACAGAAAUAUCAAUGCCUUAUGAUAAGAAAAUUGCAAAAUAUUAUACAAGUGAAUAUAUUCGGCCUCGAAAUCUGGCUCGAGGGAGAAUGGUGACGUCAGCAGUGCACGAGGAAGAGGACGAGGACGACCAAGGAAGGCGCUCAUGUUGCCCUAAACAUGUUACUCAAGUUAGCCCAAGUUACCCGGCAAGUGUUACACAAUUAAGGGAACUAAGUCACCCAGAACAAACUACGGAAAUGAGUAAAUUGCAACAUAGUGCCCGUGAAAGCAACCCAGGUAAUUCUGUCGAAGAGGGUAAGCUAAGUUACCCGGAUUAUGUUACCCAAGAAAGUAACCCUAGUUACUCCCAGCACUUUAUCCAAGGAAAUAAACCAAAUUAUCCUAGUUACUCUGAGCAUUUCAGUCAAGAAGACAGCUCCAACGACAGGGAAAUGUGUGACGAUUACAUGAAUCACCAUAACAAAAAAGCGUGUGAGAUCGUGUGCGUCCAGUGUUCCGCGUCGAAUCAAUCUGAAAGCUAUUCGGCUUCCCCGGAGCGCUUUUGUGAACGACGCUGUCCUUGUUUGUGCCACGAGAUCGAAGUCCCUUCCGAAAACGCCAUACUCUCCCCUGAAGGCGCCCAGAGCAGCCCCAGUGGCCACGAAGACAACCCUUCUGCCGUGAGACUCCCAGGGCCUUGGCCUUCGUCUCGCGCCUCUGCGUUUACGGAACACGAGCCGUCUUCGUCUUGCCCCGCCUCCCUGAACUGGGCACCCGAGCCUCCGGGAAACGCAGGGACGGGGAACAACCUCACCCUCAGGGAAUACUUGGUGGAGCUCGAACGGAUUCGACGGCCACAGGGCAAUGGCGGUGACGUGGAAAAGAGAAGUCACAGAAGGAACUGCAUUAUUCUCAUAGUGUUCAUUAUUUGCAUAAACGUUACCAUCGGUCUUAUUCGUGGGUUGAGUGGUCUGCCAGGCGUAACGGAUGAGUGACUCACCAGCGUUGUUUAUGAGUCAGUACACUCGCAAACACAGCGCUGAGCAAAUGAGAUGAAAUAACGAGAACGGGGAAAGAAACGAACGAGAGUAUUUAAAGGGAUGAGACCGAUAAUGUAACGAAAGCAAAAAUAUUAGAAAAUAAUCCAAGAAUGGAGUUCUAUACAUUUCUAUCGUUGAAGAAUUUGACAAAAAACAUAGCUUAUCAUAGACCCAUUAAUAUCUAGAUCUACAUAUUACCAAAUCCUUUUCCAAAGAGAUGUUUUCCGUAACGAAUAACCAGGUGUUGGGACCGCAUUGCACCGAACUCUGUAAACCUGUUGAGGAAAUUGCCAAAUACCACACGACUCGCGGCCGACUCGUGUGGACCCAAACUGCCCUUCGCUCAACACACGCUUGUUUGCCGAGACGCGCAGCUAGACUGAAAUGUUUGUACCUGUAAUAGUUCUUGUACGGUGUGAUUGACAGUAGUGUUUUUUUUUUAUUGUUUUUUGUUAAUAUUUUCGUUAAGGAUGAGCAGAAAUAUUGGAUGUAUAAUAUAUGAAGAAAGAGUUAUUUACGAGAACUUAAUAUAUGACCUUCACUUAUUCUGUCUCUCGUUUCCUGUCUUUAUUUCUCUCUCUUGGUCUCUGGCUCGUCAAUUCUAGCUGUUUGUCUGUCUGUACUUGCGCGUUUUUUUUAAAAAUAAACAUUUACACACACACACACACACACACACACACACACACACACACACACACACACACACACACACACACACACACACACACUCCCUGAAACUAGAUAGAACCAGAUAGAAUUUAUUUAUCAGAAAACCAGUGAAUGUAAAAAAGGCAGACAUAAAACGGACAAGAGAGAGAGAUAGAGAGAGA